GCCGGAGGCGGCUCUGGGGAUGGCUUCACUUUGCUCUCCUUUUCUUCCAAGUUUCAUAGUUGUUUUACAGAUUGUUCUUUGCACUUGUGAGUCUAAUUGUACGGACAGAGGGUUCUGGAAAAACUAAAGCAGCAGUGCCUGGGGUCUGAGAACCAACCCAGGCGGAGGCGGGCUGAACCCUCAGCCUGGGGCCAUUCUGGCACCUAACUGUACGGAACGUCCCUGGUCGGCCGGUGACCGUCCCAGCAUCUCUUCUCCCAGACAUAUAUAUGCAUUCCGCAGGGACUGGGAUCUGGAGUUGGGGGUGCGACUUCAGAGCCCGAGUCUGCAGUGACUCGUUCUGAUAGGAUAGACAGACAAAUUUAAACUGCGUCUUGCAUCUUGUCCUGGGGCAGAAAGGCUCCACCUCCCGCAAUCUAAACCGCACAACACCAGAGGACUAGGAGCCCCUUGCGCCCUGGUUUCGUUCACGAAGUCUGCUGCGCCCGAAAAGGCCUCAGCUUGUAUGGGAAUCCGACCCCCAAAGUCCAGGUCAGAAAAGAAGGCAGAUUCGUUUACUCCGGACCUCAGCGGCGGCAGGGUCCCGCCCCGGAGCCUGCCAGGAGCUUGCAGCAGUCGCAGCCCCGCCUCCCCGCCGGGCUCAGGUUUCGACCUGAGAUUAGGCAAACUGAUUGGGGGUUAAUGAGAGCGACGCUGCGGACAGCCGGCUCCCGGACCCCGGCUUUCUGGCCCCCAGCAGCGCAGGCCUCCGGCGUCCAUCUCACGUGUCCUCCAAACCGUCGAUGCUCCACGGACUCAGGACAUCGCGCGUUCCCCAGUCACCGUGCGCGAGUCGAGCUCGAUUUCCUUUCAUAGGACAAAAUUUUUGAUCUCUGCCAGACGGAGGCUGCACUAGCGCUCCAAGUGACCGCGGGGGACAGCGGCUUUCAGGAACCGUUGGAGCGGAGUGGGGGAGGCGGCGGGCCACCAUGCCGCGCUCUUUCCUAGUCAAGAGCAAGAAGGCGCACAGCUACCACCAGCCGCGCUCCCCGGGGCCAGACUACUCCUUGCGUUUAGAGAACGCACCGGCGCCCGGCCGAGCAGACAGCACUUCGAGUGCAGGCGGGCGGAAAGCGGAGCCCGGGGACCGUUUGUCCCCCGAGUCUCAGCUGACUGAGGCUCCCGACAGAGCCUCCACGUCCCCGGACAGCUGUGAGGGCAGCGUCUGCGACGCCAGCUCCGAGUUCGAGGACUUGUGGAGGCCGCCUUCGCCUUCUGCGUCUCCAGCCUCAGAGAAGUCGUUGUGUCCGUCUCUGGACGAAGCUCAGCCCUUUUCCCUGCCUUUCAAGCCCUACUCAUGGAGUGGCCUGGCGGGUUCCGACCUGCGGCACCUGGUGCAAAGUUACCGGCCGUGCGCGGCCCUAGAGCGCAGCGCCGGUCUGAGCCUCUUCUGCGAGCGCACCCCGGAGCCUGGCCACCCAGCCGCUCUCUACGGCCCGGAGCGGGCUGCGGGCGGCGCUGGGGCCGGGACCCCGGGAAGCUGUAGCGCUGGAGGUGCCGGCGGCGGCGCAGGCCUAGGGCUCUACGGCGACUUCGGGCCUGCAGCAGCUGGGCUGUAUGAGCGGCCGCCUGCAGCGGGCCGGCUGUACCCAGAGCGCGGCCACGAACUACACGCGGACAAGGGCGCUGGUGUCAAAGUGGAGUCCGAGCUGUUGUGCGCCCGCCUGCUACUGGGCGGCGGCUCCUACAAAUGCAUCAAGUGCAGCAAGGUGUUCUCCACGCCGCACGGGCUCGAGGUGCACGUGCGCAGGUCCCACAGCGGCACGAGACCCUUUGCCUGCGAGAUGUGCGGCAAGACCUUCGGCCACGCAGUGAGCCUGGAGCAGCACAAAGCCGUGCACUCGCAGGAACGCAGCUUUGACUGUAAGAUCUGUGGCAAAAGUUUCAAGAGGUCAUCCACACUGUCCACACACUUGCUCAUCCACUCAGACACUCGGCCCUACCCCUGUCAGUACUGUGGCAAGAGAUUCCACCAGAAGUCAGACAUGAAGAAACACACCUUCAUCCACACGGAUACAUCUGUAGUCCUUCCAGAACAAGAAGAAGGACAGGCUCACUGGUCCAUACUAAACCAACACCCACUUGGAAACUCAGAUUUGAAAACUUCCUCUGAAUUAGAACAGAAUCACAAGGUGAGAAGCCCCACAAGUGCCAGGUGUGUGGCAAGGCAUUCAGCCAGAGCUCCAACCUCAUCACGCACAGCCGCAAGCAUACAGGCUUCAAGCCCUUUGGCUGUGACCUGUGUGGCAAGGGUUUCCAGAGGAAGGUGGAUCUCAGGAGGCACCGAGAGAUGCAGCAUGGGCUCAAGUGAGCAUCUUUGCUGGCUGCAAACAGCAGUGACACAACACUAUAUAGGCAGCCCAUUUGGACUUCUCAGGCCCCCCCAGUCCAGUCUGCAGAUCCCACUGGAGUGACCCUCCUUCACCUUACCUCCUGGAGCUGCCAGAGGUAACGUACUUUUCGGAGCUCUGCCCAGAGUGGGAACUGCAGCAGCUUGCUAGGCCUUAUCCUCUUCUACAAGAAGAUGCAGUCAAGAGGGGGUACGAUGAGAGCUUGGCCCCAGAGUCCUUCCCAUAGUCAUCCUUUUCCAUAGGCAGAAAAGUCCUUCAGGUGUUUUCCUCUUCCUGAAUCCCCAGACAACUGAUGGAAGAGGAACAAUCACCAUUUACAAAUGGACACACAUUGAUCUUCUGUCUAGAAAAAAAGGAGUGGGUUUUCUUCUUUUUUUCUGUAUUCUGGGAACUCUGUUCAUCCUUAUCUGUUGGGCAAUGCCUGUAAUGUAAAUUUUGGAUGAAUCCUUUUUCCUUCUUGAGGACUGGUUCAGAAACUGAUUUGGGGAAGGAGCAUUAUUCUUCCAAAAUCACCAGAUGCACCAUUGUGCUCACCCAGGAAGAAGCAAAAAAGUGGACUUGUUGGUAAGAGAGGAUCUGAGGUCCUCUUGGAAGAGGCCGGUGAGAGGCUCAUCAGAAGAGGUAAAAACAGACAAAUGAAAAAACAUGGAACAAUGCCUGUGGACAUGAUGUCAUUCAUUCACUCAGCAACUGUUCAUUGACUACUGUUACCAUGGUCCCAGGCUCAUGCCCGGCACUGGGGAUCUGGAAAGUAAAGUCAUAACUCUGUCUCUCAAAAUCUAACAGUUUUACCUCAGAUGAAGGUCUCUUCUUGUCCUUCAGUGGGUUUCUGAGAAGACAAUCGAGAAUCUCAAACCUGCCUUUUCAAUCCUUUUAGAUUUUAUACAGUGUAAACAGGAAAGUAACUAAAGAGUUACUUCAAAGUUUUUAUUGUUAACCUGGUAUUUUUAAGGUGUCUGAAUGGUAGGAAUGUGUGUGUGGAGACGAAGGCUCUGUCUUUAACUCCUCAGGCUUCCAUGUGUAUCAUAUAAGGGGAAAUGAUAUUUUUACUUUGAUUAGGUUUGUACAUGUUUUUAGAUUUCUGGAGUGUUUUAUGUUUGUUAAUACAUAUUUAUUAGAGUAAUGUUUAAAUUAAUAAAGUUUAAGACUAUUACAGUUUGCUUUUCAUUUAGAUAGGGAAUUUGUUUUUUCCUGUUGGGGAAACUGGCAUUUAAGAAAAAUACAGUGGAAUGGAAAAGUGAGGCAGACAAGGCAACAUAAAAUCUAAUUGCUCUUUUUUUCCAUUUUUUUUCCUCUUAUGUCUCACAAAAAUAUUUUUCCUAACGAAAAAACUAGGAGUUAGAGAAAACUAAGAUCCUACCUUAUAGAAUCUCUGAUAGUUCCACAGGUACAGCAGCUGUCAUCUUUGAGAAUUUCAAAUUAUGUUUUUACAGCCAGAGGCUCCUAGAUGAAUAAAGUAAUCACAGGCCUUUGGUCUGAUUUGAGCAAACCUUCUGACUUUCCUGAUACCAUAAAAUGUGGAUGUGGUCCUAUCAUUCCAGUCCAACUUGAUUACUUUGAUUCUUUGGAAAUGAGAGAGGAGAAAAAGUAGGAGAUUGGCUAACUAUUCACUGUAAGCAAAUUACAAAUUUAAAGUUGGAUGAGUCAUAGCUACUUAGGAGGCCAGGACAGGAGGAUUCUGAGUUUGAGACUCAUCUGGAUAACCAAGUAAGACCUUGUCUCAAAAAGAGUUGAAGAUGUGGCUCAGUUCUCUCUGGGGGUUAAUCCCCAGUACCACAAAACACGCAAGCAAAAACCAACCAACCAAACAUAAAAUAAGAUGCAUGAGGAAAAGUAAAACUGAAUUUGGGUUAUUUCUUGUUGUGUCCUACCCGUGGAAUCUUUAAGAGAACGAAGCUGAGAUUCAGUCUUGUCCUACUCCCCCUCCCUGUGUUCUAACACUUUCUAGUCAGACACGAAGGGUAUGCGUGGCCCAUGGUGACUACCACAGAUUGUCAUUCCCAUUGAAAUCAAUUUCACACAUAGUGUUGGGGAUCCAAUAAGGUUCUAGGUGGUGGAAACACAGCAGUGAGGACAGUGUCCUGCAGAGCUUUGAUGAUUUGUUUAUUGCUAAAUAUUCAGCCCUUACAAGAGUACCUGACACAUAGUGAUCAAAAAUAAACUAUUUCAUCCUGUAGAUUGACUGUGCUCUGUAAAGCACAAAGACAUGAGAAAUCACUUAAGUGCCCUAGAUAUAAGACACAAAAGACUUUCCAAGUUGGUGGGACAGAGGGGCUUUGAGGCUGUUUUUCUCUAGUGUCUCCAAAUCUCAGUCCUUAGCUAUCCUCCUGUGGUUUCCAAUACCAUGUCUUUCCAUGUCAGUUUACUCUCAUUCAAAAUUCAAAUUAGUUUACUUCAUAGUACAGUUUAGGAUCCUUCUCCCGAACUGAGGGAUGGUAUACUUAGUUACUGCUUCCAGGAACCUCUCCAUGGUGUCCAGCGAGCCAGAGUUCCUGUGAAUGAUGAUGAUGAAACCUUCCCCAGAAAAGUCAUCAUACACACUGGCUGUUUUUUGCCAAUGUGGUUUGAAAAAGUAAAGAUCUUGUACCAAGGGGUAAGUAGAACUGAUUGAAAUCUAAGUGUCUGCCCUCUACAGCUAUUCCAUGAUGACAUUUGGAAUAUCUGGUCCAUUUUAAUUUUUCUUGUUUAUGCCAUAAGUAAGGAGCUGUAAUUUUGAAAACUGUUAUCUUUUUUAAAAUUUAUUUUGAUAGCCACAGUUCAGAAUCAAAACAAAUUACUGUGCCUGCUAUCGUGUGAAAUUUGAAGAUUGUAAAUAUCUCUCUUAAUGUUAUUACUUAACUCCAUUAAAAAUAGAUUGUAAAUAU